AUGGCAGAAACGGAACCCAAACCAAAAGGUUCGCUUUCAGAAAAUGAUGUGAAAGGUCCAAACAUUCUUGAUCGAGCUAAGGAGGAAAUUGAAGCAGUUUUCAAACAUGCCAAAUCGCCUCGCCACCACAAAGAAACACAUGGGAGAAAUGAUGACAUCGAUGAGCGAACUUCUGUUGAAGAAGUGAAAGCUCCGAAUGUGUUUGGAAGGAUGAAGGAGGAGAUUGAAGCUGUAGUUGAAGCCAUUCAUCCCAAGAAAGAAUCUGACACUAAAGACUCUCCAUCAAAGUAA